GUUGGUAUGAAAGGUGGGUGGGAAGCACGCCACUCGGUCCUGGAUCACAGGGACUGGGCGGAGGGCCAGAACACCUGCUAACCUUUCCUGCCUCUCUUCCUGGCCCCAGAGAGGUGGAGAAGAGCGAGUGCUUGAGAAGGAAGAGGAGGAAGAAGAUGAUGAAGAUGAUGAUGAUGAAGACGAUGUGUCCGAGGGCUCGGAGGUGCCCGAGGGUGACCGUCCAGCAGGUGCCCAGCACCACCAGCUUAAUGGCGAGCGAGGCCCUCAGAGUGCCAAGGAGAGGGUCAAGGAGUGGACACCCUGUGGACCCCACCAGGGCCAGGAUGAAGGCCGGGGGCCAGCACCAGGCAGCGGUACCCGCCAAGUGUUCUCUAUGGCAGCCAUGAAUAAGGAAGGGGGAUCAGCCUCUGCUACCACGGGGCCAGACUCCCCAUCCCCUGUGCCUUUGCCCCCAGGAAAACCAGCCCUCCCCGGGGCUGAUGGGACCCCCUUCGGCUGUCCUUCUGGGCGCAAAGAGAAGCCGGCUGACCCUGUGGAGUGGACGGUAAUGGACGUGGUCGAGUACUUCACGGAGGCAGGCUUCCCUGAGCAGGCAACAGCUUUCCAGGAGCAGGAAAUCGAUGGAAAGUCUUUGCUGCUCAUGCAACGUACAGAUGUGCUGACUGGCCUGUCCAUCCGCCUGGGCCCAGCCCUGAAAAUCUACGAGCACCACAUCAAGGUGCUGCAGCAAGGCCACUUUGAGGAUGAGGACCCCGAUGGCUUUCUAGGCUGAGCACCCAGCCUCCCCCCUGCCCCAACCCAUUCCAGCCCCCAUCUCACCCGAGCCCCCCGAGUCCAGGAGCUGGAUGGGGGUGUGCUCUCAGCCCUCAUAACAGAUUGCAGUGAGGGGGGAUUCCUCACUACUCAUCUCUUCCCUGUGUUUCCCCAACAUACAUCCGUUUGGCCCCCAGCACAUCCUGUACUCCUUGAUAGAGGACUGUGGGGUGAGACAGGACCUGCUCAUUUCACCCCAGGAAGCCAACCUUCCCCCCCACCCCCACCCCAGUCUAGAACAUUUUUGGGGGAAAAAAAAUGGAGGCUUCCCAUCUCCCCUAGGUCCUCUUCAGUUCAGCCAGAUGUCUCCUAUAUAAAUGUUUCUUUCUGCCUGUUCAUUUUGGUGGGUGGCCUUUCCUCUCUCCCCACCACCCACGCCCCAUCCCGGACUGCACCUGGGGAUAGCUGGGGUGGGGUCCCUGGGUCUUCCCUAACCCUCUCCUUUCUUUCUGUUGGUUGUCGCUCCAGCUGGCUGUAUUGCUUUUUAAUAUUGCACCGAAGGUUUUUUAAAUAAAGUUUUAAAAAAAAAA